AUUAUGCAUGUCUUGGUAGACAUCGUAACACUAAUUGUGAUAUGCCGAAAAUGGACUUAUCAUUUGCGAAUUUGAAUAGCGGUAUGGAUAUGGUGGACAAAGGAGGAGUUGUCAAACCUAAUUUGUACAUAUUGGAAAUCUACAAAAACAGGAGUGCAUAG